AUGUCUGAGCGAAAAGAAGCAAAAUUACGCUUAAUUUACGAACAUUCUUCAAAAUUAUUGAACAGACUUGAUCAUCUACGCAAGGGAAACCGCAUGUGCGAUGGGACUUUGAUUGUAAAUGGGCAAAAUUUCCCAAUCCAUCGCGUAGUUUUAAGUGCAUCCAGUCCCUAUUUCGAGGUGUUGCUAAGCGGUGGUAUGGCAGAGAGUUUCACUGAUAAAGUGGAAAUACACGGCAUUGAAAAAGAAACAUUCAGCUUGAUAUUGGACUUUAUAUACACCGGAGCAAUUGACGUCRAUGAAUCAAAUGUUCAACAGCUUCUUCCYGCAGCAAAGAUGCUCCAGUUAGACGACAUUGAACGGACMUGUUGUGAGUUUUUGUUGCACGARUUGGAUCCUUCAAACUGUGUAGGCUUUUUCCUYUUYGCAGARUCACAYUCUUGUAUGGAACUGGAGAACUCAGCCCUUGAAUAUUUACACCGAAACUUUGYAUCWUCWGCAAAGAAUGAGGAAUUCCUGAGCUUAGAUAAGMAAUAUAUUUUAAAACUCAUUGAAUCUGAAAAMCUCAAAGUUGAUACAGAGAGCAACGUAUUUGAAGCAGCUAUGAAUUGGAUUCUWCAUGAUUUGCCUGGCAGGCGAGAAUAUUUAGGUCAGAUUCUUGAGCGAAUUCGCCUUCCUUUAUUAUCGGAAAACUAUAUAAAACAAUUCAUUGAUAAAUGCGCWAACCAAAGCUUAAAACGAAUGCUAGAUAACAUUUURAAUAGCUAUCGYAGCUAUCAGAUGCUUGGGAUMAACUCUCAACGAAAYCUCUCGCAGCCACGACAAGCYUCAAAGAAGCAAUUUUACAUUAUUGGAGGUUACAGYCGCAGUGUUGGUGGMCGAUGGARCGAUAGGUCGGCUUUGUYAAACUGCGAAAAAUUUGAUUCGUUUUCUCGCACUUGCGAUAAUGCGUGUAUUGCGAACUUCGAAGUCCCAAGAUGCAAUGUCGGUGUGACUUCUCUGAAUGCAUUGGUUUACGUGAUUGGUGGAGAGGAUGACUCGCUUCUUUUAUUUGAUUCCACGGAUUGUUAUGAUCCAGUUUUGAAYGUCUGGACAGARGUAGCACAUUUAAAUGCGCCUCGAGUUGGUUUUGGUGCCUGUGUUGUUGAUAACUGUAUCUAUGUAGUGGGUGGAUUGAUUGGUUUGUGGGGAGGAACUGAAGUAGCUGGAACAAUUGAGAAGUAUGACCCCCUUGAAAAUCUAUGGUCCGUCGUGGGGAGCAUG